AUGGAACCUUUGAUCAUUAAUCUCGUCGGUUCGUCGGAUGCCGAAGCAGCUUUGUUUGCUGAAGCCGGUAUCACCGAUCGGACUACCAUCGCGUCGUUGGACCUUCCCGCGUUCACGCAAGUGUUGGGAGACCAAGUUGGGACGCUGGCAAAGCGAUACAAACUGAAGCGUGUGGCUGAGUACCUCAGCAGCGGUAAGGAAAUCGGUCCCGAUACGACGAUGGGAGAUAUCAACCUCGUGUUGUCAUCUAACCAUCAGAAUGUUGGAGCGAAUGCUCCGAACCCGGCUGCUGGACUCGACCCUCGCCACGGAACGAUGAAAGCGAGUAUUAACAUGAUCUCAAAGUUUUCAGGUGAUCUGGAAGAUUUCGAAGACUGGUCGACGAAAACCGCAGCGGCUCUCGGAAUCACCGUUUAUCGUAAACUUCUCAACGGUCCUCCGGAAGUCGGAAAUGAUUUCGAUGCCGCCAGAAACAAUGAGCUCUAUCAAAUGUUUGUGAUUGCUCUUGUGGAUGGUGCCGCAAUGCAUAUCAUGGAAGGCGUGAAGGACCAGAACGGAUACGCCGAGUGGAUGGCUAUCAAGGAAUGGUAUGGUAUGUCGGAUACCGGUCGGACGAUCAUUGACAAGUAUCGUAGCAAGCUGGAUGCGCUACUGCUUGACAAUGCAACCCCAGCCGGAACCUUUGUCAACCAUUUCAAGAGAUUCAGCCAGAAGCUCAAAGAAAACGGUGAGGGCUACACGGCGGAUACGAAACGACGUCAGUUUCUCGACAAGAUCAUUGACAAAGACUACGAUGUGGUCAAACAGCAGUUGGAAGGUGAUUCAACUGCGGAUUUCAAUGAAUGUGUUGCGCGCAUUCGUAUGCGCGAGCAAGUCCUCAUGAAGGACUCCACGAUGUCGGCCAAGAAAGCUAGACGCUUCAAGUCGAACGAGGGCGGCAAGUCGAACGGUGGAGCCGGCAAGUGCUCGCAAGAAUCUAAUCAAGUGGAGAGGAGUUUGAACUCCGAAGGGCGCAUUCUUCGAUCGGACGAACUGGCAAGCACUGAGUAUGACGGGAAAGGUAAAACUCCGUCGAAAAGAGAGCACGACAAUGAUAGUUCCGACGAAUCCGUCAAGACCCGCAACACCCAAGGCAAGGGGGGUUCCUUGUCCAAGAAGGGCAAGAGAGGCAAGGGGAGGCGAAUCACUGGUGUUGUCCGUCGAACGGAAACGAAGACAUCCGGCACGCCUGACUCCUCUAUCCGGAUCAGUUUGAAGGAUCCGGACGACCACGUCGAAGUUGAUGAGUAUGACGAUGUCGAAAUUGAGUCCGGUCAAGACGAAGAUUCUACUGCACCUGUGAAGAAAGAACGGGCGAAAAAGCAGAAGAAUCCGUCGAAGCGGAAGCACAAGCGUGCCAAGUCUCGUCGAAGCCCUAUCUCCCGCCACGGACGCGUAGGCAACGAGAAACCAAGAGCUAUCCUAGACCCAGGGACUGAGUGCGAUAUUGUUGGCGGGGACGUAUGGACAGUUCUGGAAAAGGUGAUUGGUGUAGAAGCCCAGCUAGGCGGAGCUUUAGCAGGGAUGGGCAGAUGCAGUCUGCCACUGGUUAACGCGGUGGCUGUGUACAAUCAUUCUAAAGGAGGAACAAUCCUAAUUGGUGCCGGUAACGUGGGAUACGAUGAACGAAGCACCCAGACGGAGUCGUUGUUUAACACACACGAGUUACGAAAACACGUUCCUGAGCGGGCUCCGUGGGCCGAACGGCUUGGAAACUGCCCGGAGUUUACUUUAUCGAAGACUCUCCUGGCGAUGACGCAACUAUGUGCUGCCCCGGUCGAAAUGGAUAAACGAGAAGCUCCGCGUCAGCAUCGCAAGUCUCGUAUUCAUGCUUUGCAUCCUCGUCAAAUCGAGGGUCGCACUGAUUCGGAUACAUUCUUCUCGUCCGUCGAGUCUAUUGAAGGGUUUCUAGGUAUGAGAAAGGAGUCGCAGUCGCACGGAGCGUAUCAAGAUUUUUUACGGAAUGUGGGAGCACCUAAUGUUCUAUUAACCGACAAUGCUAGAACGCAAAUCGGUAAAAAGUGGACUAAGACUAGUCGGGAAAAUGUAACUCGACAGAUCAAGUCCGUUCCGAACAAUCAAAACCAAAACCAAGCCGAACGCAAAAUUCAAGAUGUGAAAAAACGAACUAUUCUCACUUUGCGAUAUGGAAAAACACCGCUCACAUUUUGGUGUUUUUGCCAACAAUUUAUUGUCGACUGUUUGAAUCAUUCGGCUCACAAGGAUUUAAAUUUUCGCACCCCAAUGGAAAAAAUGUACGGUCACACACCUGAUAUUUCCAUGUUUCGAUUCCGAUUCUGGGAACCCGUUUGGUACUAUGAACCGAUGGCCAAGUACCCAGCUCCUAAUUUUCUCCCUGGUUGUUUCGUUGGAAUUGCCUGGGACCAUGGCGACGAUUCAGCACUUCAGUCUUUCGACCCGCUGAACAACGACGCGGAGGUCGAGAUGACAAGCGAGAUCAACGACUACCUUGACACAAAUGAGUCCGCGGCUUCAUGA